AAUUAGAUGGAGAUCGGAAAGAAAAGAAAAGAAAAGGAGACAGCCCUAGUGUGUCCGCUCUGAACAAGUUUGGUUGCAAUUAGAUGGAGAUCGGAAAGAUGUACGAUGUAAUGCUGGAUGAGGCCAAGCUGUGUCUGGAUGAGCUGAAGGUGGAAUCGUCUUCUGCACCGCCAGUAAAAGAAGAAGAUUCUGGCUACGAAAUAUGAUUGUAGGGGACAAAUUUACAAUUCAGGGCUGUAGAGAAAGUUAACGCAGAAGCCGUUUCAUUUGUCAAUUACUAUAUUACUUUGGAGGCCGUGGAUCCAGACAACAACCAUUCUCUUGUUGCUUUCCAAACCUGUGUUUGGGAUUCUGCCACCGAGAAUAAAGAGCGCUUGAGAUUGAUCACUAAACAAUGCAGGAUUAAGCCUCCUCAAGUAACCGUUACAGGAAAUAGACAAGCACGAGGUUCCCUAUGGCGAUGGGACCCUAAUGCUGUAGAUAAAUUCUACACAGGUGUGAUGCCCAGUUGGCUACAGGAUGAUGAUGCACUUACCGGACCUAAUAAGCUUCAGUUCCAUGCCCGAGUUUUCAUUAUAUGUGAGAGCUGCUGUAGUGAGUGGUUUAUGGGUCUCAUUCAAAAAUUGCAGGUGAAGGACUCAGAACUGCAGGAUAACGAAUGGCUUAAUCUUUACGCUGAAAUUGCUUUGUCCUCAGAGCGGCCCGACAUGGAAACUUAUUUGCCGUUGAAGGUGAAGAAAGUAGUGGUGCGUACAAAGGAAGAUGUGGAGCCGAGUAUGAAGCUGAAGUCGAGUAAUGCAAUCUUCUACAUGACUUUCAAAACCCACAGGGGUCAUGAGUGCAAAGCUAUAAUAAGGCAAACAAGGGAUGGUAUACAAGGACACAUGUGCCUUGAAGUUACAUGCAUAUUGGGAAAGUAGUGUCAUGCUGAGAUCUAGAAAGAAAUGUUGUCCUCCUCCUCUCCUGUGUUUUUUUUUUUUUAAUGUAUUUGAUCUUUUCAUGU